CGCAUCAUCGAAGGAGGAGGAGAAAGAGGAGAAGAAGCGCCGAACCGUUAGCACAUUUCUGUAUUGUCCCCGAGCGUGUUAUACAUCAGAACAACCUCAAAAGGAUCGCCACAAACGCCAAGGUCGGUUAAUGCGCCCAAGCUCCGCUGAAGACGCCGACCAAGGAAUUUGGUGUCACUCGUUCAAGGCCCUGGGGAGGAAGUGAGCGUCCCAACAUAUUUUAGAACAAGAAAAAAAAACGCUAAACAAUCCCUUCGUUUUAGACACUCCUUCAUUCUUAGUUUUUAAUUGAGCUUGUGCUCAGCUGAUGUUCCGCGCGCUCUCUCAAUCUCCCUCUCUCCAAGUAAAGUGUCUACGCUUGCAUUGGUUGCAUUUCGACCUGUCCACGACAUGCUAUCACGACCGGUGAGGUGCGAAUGAAGACUGCAAGUUACUUCGUGGUCUGGUGAGUGAAAAUCGGCACUCGGCGGUCGCUCGUUCCAGGAUAUCGACAGCGAGACUUACCAAAAAGAAGGAUGCUUCUAAAGAUUCUUGUGGUGUGUGCAGUGUCUGCUGCGUUGGUUCAGGGUCAUCUCAUGAGGAGGGCCGCUGAUGUCAAUGAGGCGGACGUUCCGUACACUGUCAACUACGACCACACGGACGAGCACGGUACGCGCAUCUACAGGCUGGAGAUCACGGACGCCGACAACGUGCGGAUGGGCACGUACGGCUACAUGGACGCCAAGGGCCUGUACCGCCAGGUGCACUACCUGGCUGACGCCACGGGCGUGCACGUGUUCGUGUGCACCAACGAACCCGGCACCGAGACCUCGUACCCCGCCGACGCGGUCAUCCACAUGCACCACUGGGAGAAGGUUGAACCGGACUCGACGCUCGGAAGGCUGCUCGCCAGGCUGCCGCCAGUCACUCCACCGCCGACUGUUCUCGCUGAAGCCAAGAAAAAGAAGAGGGCACCACAGAAGCACAGCGUAUACGCACAAGCGUAAAUUACGUGCCACGGCUGCUGUCAACUGGGAGCUUGCAAUGACGCGAAAAUAACGCUCCUCAUUUUCCUGUCGCUCCGUGGACAUUGCUAUUCUAAUUCAAUUUUUUUUGUGUACAGCAAUAGGUGAUGCCAUGAACAGCUCGUUUCUAGGCUAGAUAUGACAAAGUUAUAGGAAAAGGCAGUGAGUCAUCCGUCUUCCAAACUGUAUAUGUCGCCACCGUAACGACACGAGCAAGUUCUCAAUUAGUACGGCUGCGUAGACGCUGCUUUCAACCAGAAAAUGAGGUGCCUUGCUGGUGAAGAUAUUUAGUUACUUUUUUCGCUAACCAUAGUUGGCGACAAGGGAGCGCUAGAGGCCCCUUGUUAAUCGAUGACAGAAAUGCAAAACCAGUUGCUCUGUAUUCGAAUAUUUCGUUACAUAUCAUUAUUUAGGGUCUAUGGUAUGGGCUACCACGUUCUUUUGAUGGUCCACUCCACACACAAGUCAUUGCAAGCAGCAUUCAUAUUGAAAUGUGUGAAAGUGAGGGUUGCCAGGGCAAAAUAUGCAGAACGGCAUAUUUCAUUGCUACCAUAGCUGUAAGCGUUCGCUUACAAUUUUGUAGGCAAAUCAAUUAGUUCUACUUGUCACAACUAUUAAUUUUUAUGUUAUUGCUUUUAUAAAAGCCAGUUGCUACUGCUGCACUUGUAGAUUAAAUGAGGUGGGCAACAAACUUUGGUACCAUAUUACCAAGCAGUUCCACCAGUUGACCAGUUUAAUCCCCUUUAAUAAGUGUUAGCUAGCCUACAUUUACCGCCAUCAAAAUUUUUUAGUUGUGUUCCAUGUUUGCACUGCCGAAGAAAUGGAAAGAACAAUGCCGUACUGAUUGGGCAUGCCUUGUUAAUAUAUAUAUAUAUAUAUAUAUAUAUAUAUAUAUUGCGAAGAAUUGUAUACACGAAUUCGUUCCUAUUGCAUACGGUUCUCUAUGUCCAAGGAAAUGCUUACUUAUGAAGUCCUGAUAAGUUGUAUCAACAAUAAGCUGAAAUUAGGUAGGUGCAACUUACACUUUGAAAAUAUCAACACGAAAGGGCCGAACCUUCCCACUUGAAGUGAAUGUGGUCGAAUGUGGGAGGUCUGUAAUGUGCGAGAUGGAUAUUUUGUCUUAUUGUUAUUGUAAAAUUUAUUAGAAGCUAGAGCACAUAGUGAGAGGGGAAGCCCUUUGUAGAUAGUAAAUUUUGUUCCUAGAAAGUUUAGCCUGAUGUCGUCCAUGUACCUCUCUCAGUCUACAGCGCCUGCUGUCGUUCUUAAUUUUGUCACGAUAGUACUAAGAGGCAUCGGCUUCACUAACUCAAUGUGUUGUUUCCUAAGACAUAGGCAAAGUUGCCGAUAUCGUCUUUGUCAUGGAAAAUAAUAUCUCGACAAUUGUGGCUGAACACUACUGAAAUGGUGCAUGCGAUCUCAUUAUUUCCUUCUUGCGUUCUCAGAAAUGUCGGAGUGAAUGCCUAUAUUUUCCGGCAUUUUUUGUCCUGUUCAUGUGUUAGCGUCUAAGCUACAAGUUGUGUAAAAUGCUUAAACGUGCUGACAACUAACAAUCGAACGGAUAUUAUAAUACGCUUAUAAUACUUUUUUUUUCUUUUAGAGGUUCUCUGCAUUCAGUGUUUGCGUUAAUAGAAUAUAUAUAUAUGUUGAAAGAUCA